AUGACUUGUGAAAAUAAGCUCAAAAAAUAUUCUCAUAAACUUCGUUCAGAACAAUAUGAUAUCGCACAAUUUACAAUCCAAUAUCUAGAAGAAACUUUGAAACUUCUUAAUUGUAAACUUAAACAGAAUGAUAUAACUAAACGAGAAUAUAAUUCUCGUAUUAUUAAAAUUGAAAAGCUUCAAACUGAAAUCAAUGAUUUAAGGUCUCUGGUCAAAGAAUUAAAAGAUGAA